GUCUCCAUGUAAUUAUCCCCAUGUUCAAAUCUGGAAUGUAAAUACAUAAAAAUUGGGGGGCUUGUGUGCAAAUGCCCCAUAUCUAUUCAUCUAUAUAAGAGCCAUUUUCUCAUUACCUUAAUCCAAAAAACAAAUGCAACCAGAGCUCACCGCAGAUUCACCGUUACUCCCUCUCCCGCGCUCGCGUCCAAAUUAGGUCUCUUCUUCUUCCCCCCCUCCCUCCACAUCUUCUGUUCGAUGAAAUGCGGAGCCAAACCAACUCUUAGCAAUGAAGCUCUCCCUCUUCUUCUGCCUUCCCUUCUCCCUCAUCCCUCUCCUCGCCAUCCUGACCCUCCUCCGCUGCCGCUCCACCAUCCGCCAGGCCUGCACCUAUCAAUUCACCCCCUCCGUCACCUCAUUCUCAUCCAACCCCACUCUCCUCCACCUUGCUUCUGACGAUCCUUACUCGGAAGACGUGGUGAGCAAGGACGUCGACGCCACGUUCCCAUCCUCCGGCGGCCGUCGCUCCCCGAUUGUAUGGCGCAAUAGCGCCGCCGCGCUCCACCGUCCGGAGCUCCGGCGAUCCCUCCUCGACUGGUGGCACAAUCGACUAUUUCAGCCGGAGAUAAUGUCGAAUCUCACCGAACUCGUGAAAACCCCAAUCGAAAAACACACCGGUAACUCAAACCCAAAUCAUCGGUACCCCUCCUGUGCCGUCGUGGGAAAUAGCGGAAUUCUACUCAAUUCCAAUCACGGCGAUCUCAUCGACGGCCACGAUCUCGUGAUCCGACUCAACAACGCUCGCAUCCAUGGCUUCCAUCGCAACGUCGGAUCCAAAACCAACCUCUCCUUCGUCAACAGCAACAUUCUCCAUCUAUGCGCGAGAAGAGACGGCUGCUUCUGCCAUCCGUACGGUGAGCACAUCCCCAUCAUCAUGUACAUAUGCCAGGCCAUCCAUUUCCUCGAUUACGCGGCCUGCAAUUCGUCGCACAAAGCUCCGUUGCUGAUCACCGACAUCCGAUUCGACAUGCUCUGUUCAAGAAUCGUCAAGUACUAUUCGGUGAAGAGGUUUGUGGAGAUGAGCGGGAGAUCAAUGGAGGAUUGGUCGAAAUUUCACGAUGAAAAGUGGUUUCAUUACUCGUCGGGAAUGCAGGCUGUGAUGUUGGCUUUGGGGAUUUGCGAUCGAGUGAGUGUUUUCGGAUUCGGGAAAUCAGCGGAGGCGAAGCAUCAUUAUUAUACGAACCAGAAGGCGGAGCUAGAUCUGCAUGAUUAUGAGGCGGAGUAUGAGCUUUACAGAGAUCUGGUUGAGAGGCCGCAGGUAAUACCGUUUUUACGGGAUUCUGGUUUUAUGGUUCCGCCUCUCGUGUUCUACCGUUAGAUCAUGAUUCCGCUGAAUCUUUUAAGGUUUAUGAAAUUUACAGGUUUUUUUUUUUUUUUUUGUUUAUUUCCAAUUAUAGGAAACAGAAUUUACUAGAAAAUUGAUCCAUGAUGCCAUAUGCCACGCGGCACUUUCAAGUGUAAAAUUAUUCCAAUAGUUUGAUUUUUUUUUUC